UCUCCUGCACUGCAGACAGAUUCUUUACCAUCUGAGCCACCAGGGAAGUAAGGAUAGUAAAUAACUUGUGCUGGUUAGGAUAGUAAAUAACUUGCCUAACACUGCCUAGCAGGUAUGUAGUUUAAUUGCUGAGACCACAUGCUCCCCUGUGUCUUGCUGCAUUUUGGGGAAAUGCCCCAUGGAGGAGUCAGGACAUUCUGUUGUGUCUGUCUUUAUUCAGUUUCUGAUUUGCUGAAUCUGUCAAGAUGAAUUUCUGGAAGUCAAGAUUUGAGGUUUUAAUCAUACAUGCAUUACAUCUAGACAGUGUCGAAACCACCUAUGGCUUUAAUGAUCCUUAUAAAACGGCUGAACAAUAGAUGAAGUAGUUUGUCUGGGGUCAGAAAACUUGGGGUACAGGGCAAACAACUAUCUUAAGAGGACAACAGUGGUGUGUGUGUGUGUCUGUGUGUGCGCGUGCUCAUGGGCACACAAAUGGUCACUUCUGACACUGCCACUCUGCUCCAGGUCUUCUCAGAUUUCAGAGAAGCCAAAAGUCCAGCUUUCCCUGUGAAAUAUCCUGAUUUUUAAUACAGAUAACGAAUUCAAAAGUUUAAAACACACUUCAAAGGGCAAACAAACAGGCCUGGAAAACGAGGAGGAGUGAUGGAUGGAGCGCCAGCCUACAACCUACCUCCCAGGGACUUUUCUGCAUGCAUUAGCUGGGAUGUGGUUCAGUGAAACCUCUGUCUGGGCAUCCUGUUCCCAUGAACAUCCAUCCUUUCACUACUGCUGUUCAAUGUGAUAAAACACACAUCACCGUGUCUUUGAUUUUAUGCAGGUGAAUGAGUCCUGGCCCAAAGACAUUUUUGUAAACUGAAUUGGGCCUAUUAACCUACCAUGGAAAAGAUGCCCCAUUCUGAUUUUGGAGCGAUCGUCAAUCCUCAUUGGCCAACUGAAAAUGAAUGAUUUCCAGGCUCAUUUGAAAGGAAAAUGGAGUGCCUUUUUUGGGAGAAGGGCUUUCAGUUUUAGUAAGCACCCCCUACUGCAUCUGUUUCAUAUUAAUUGAUUGUAUUUGGAAAUUUCCUAAGAAGCACUUCUUGGCACUUAAGCAUUCAAGCUGCUCUAUUUCAGAGCAGAAAUUCUUUCUCACAUACAGACCUGAUAAUGUGAUUCAGCACAUAUGAUGUAAUGACACCUUUUCUAAAACUGUAAAUUUAUAACAAGGAAUAGGAUUUUUGUCCCUUUUAUUUAAUGAUUUACAAUGUUAACUUAUGGAGAAUGACUACGAAGGAGCCAAUGCAUAAUUGUUGUUUUUAACCCUUCAUUCUUUCAGUGCUGGCAGCGCCUUAGGGCUUCUCAUCUACUUUAAGCCAAAGUUAAAAAGAUAACUGCUCCUUCUGUGCCUUUCUUUUUGCAACGUGUAUGCGUUCACGUCGUGUUAUCAAGUGAAGCAAGGUAACCGGACCAAAGCAAAAAUCAUCACCAAAUCAACUUCACACGAUGUCACCACGUCACCGUCACCCAGUGUUAAACACAGCAGAGACGCACACGCUUCAGUGUGGAUUGGUUAGAAAGGCGCUCACAAGGCUCACCCGCAAUGACUCCGAAUUUCAAGACUCAACAGAACGCCUCCAUGGACGUGAAGACGGCGGGUUCUUCUCUCACUUAUUUUCAUGGCUAUGUUUUUUUGUUUUUUGUAGUUUUCCACUGUUAAGAAAAGCGCAUCAGAGGAGUCUGGUGGAUUUUGGAGAAGAGCAGCCUCCUGCCUCCCGGAAGUCUGACGGAGCCCAGUUCCCGGACUGUGCGGCCGCGGACCCCGGGGAGCGCCCCCCGCGCCCCGAGGGCCACGGUCCCCGCUCCCCGAUGUCCCCGCUGCUGCCGCCGAGACCCGGGCGGGGUGGGGCGGGGCGGCUUGCGCUUGGUUGGGUUGUUGUUGGUUUUUGCUUUUUUGUUUUGUUUUUGCUUGUUCCAGAAAAGCCCCGCCGUGCUACCCUACUGUUCCAAAGUGGGUCCGCUGUCCCAGAGCAGUGCUCGCGGUCGGCAUCCACCGGUCCUUCGGAGCCGGGGAGGGGUCCGCGCCCUCCCCCUCCUCUGACCCCCACUUCCUCCUUCCUCCCCCACGCCCCUCCUCCACCCUGCUCCCUCCCUUCCCCCUCUCUCCCCCUCCACUCUCCCCGCCUCCUCCCCGCAAGCGCCUGCGGGCCCCGCACCGUCUCCUCCUCCCACCCCCUCCUCCCCUCCCCCCCCCCCCCCCCCCUCCCCUCCCUCGUACUGCCUCCUCCCCCCACUUCCUCCCUCCCCCACCCCGACCUCCCUUUCUCCAACUUCCUAGCCUCUUCCCCUCCCCUCCUCCUCUCACCUCCCCCCUCCUCCUUCCUCCACGUCCUCCCUCCCCAUCUUCUUUCCCACCCCUCCUCCCGGAUCUCCGCGCCCCCGGCCCCCCAGGGCUGCGGGCGGCUCCCGGGUGUCGGCCGGGGCUAACACGCUCGGGCAGAGGGUGUUCCCCAGGCUCCGAAUCUGGAAUUCGGCUGGGCAAAGGGGGCUGGCCCCGCCCGCUGCCCGGGACCGCCCUCGAGCCCUGCCCGUCCGCGCCCGGAAAGCCGGGCUGCUCACUUUCGUGACGAUUCUGCCCUUGACGUAGAGCACGGAUUAAAGGGCGGUAGUACUUUCUGUUUUAGAAAGUGUUGUGAGAGCGCCAGAUGGGAGAGAGAGGGAGGCAAGAGAGAGCCGGGAGCAAGUUGGUGCGGUGGGCCGGGGUUGGAGGGUCCUUUAGGGCUGAAUUGCGCUGCAGGGGCCGGUCGGUGUACCGGCCAGGUGGCCCAGACCUCGAAACCCCAAGGAAAGAAGUGUGUGGUAUUUCUGUUUGCAGAAAUGAGGCCGCACGUACUCGUUUCCAGCUUCUUCAGACUCAGUAGCUCCUGAUCGUGUGAGUCUGUUUUAUUCCCAUUUGCACACGAGGACAUUGAGGCAGGGGACAGGCUGCGUGUCUUGGGUGCGGUCACACAGCUCUUGGUAGCCCACCCAGGGUUCACACCUAGAUGUCUGUGACUCCUAACCCAUAUUCUCCUGUGACCUAGUACUGGCUGGUUCAGACAAACGAUUAGGCUUUAGCACACCUUGUUUGCAGGACAGGCAGGUAGAUUUGCAGGUAGGUAUGUGCUCAGAAUUCUUUGCAGAUUCCUGUUUCACAGUGGAGGUAAUCGGUUCAUCUUUAGCCCCAGGAUGUUGAGCAGACCUUUCAUUAGCAGGAGUCUCUGGAUUCCUAGCCCCUCUGCAGAGUUGAGUGCUGGAGGAGCUGUGCCUGCCUUCAGUUAACCCAAGCCUCCCUGGGGUUCAUGAGGGAAUUUCCCUCGGCCCCAGGCUGGUGUACCGGUACAAAAUUGCUAGACUACCCAAUAAGAGUUCUUCAAUCCCCCACAGUUCCCGUUCUCUUGCAAAGGAAAUCUACAGUAGAAGGAAACCAGCCAAGAUGAAUUAAACUUGAAGGUUUAAUGGGACUCAAGCAACAUACCCAGAAACCUCUGCUGGACCAUGGAGAACCCCUGGGAAUAACUGGAAUUUUGGCCCUUUGGGAAAUAGAAAACACACCUGAUUCUCUCGGGCUCUUCCACAUUUUCAGAAGAUUGCAAGACACUGCUAAGGAUGGUUUUUGCUUCAGUUGCUGUUUUUACUUCUACUUAAUAUCUACACGCACAUAAAUUACCAGAACACACCUUAAUCCUCACUCACAAAUGAGAUAAAGAUUUGACAAGCCUAGCCUUCUAAGAAAGUCCAUGGGAAGCUUGGUUCUCUAAUGUAAUGUGUGACAUCUGUUCCAAUACAGUGCAGGGGAAUCCGUGUUUAAGAUACUGUGUCGAAGAAUAAUACCUCAGGGUGCUAUCUGAUGGCUCAUUUAUUCCUAAACCUCAUACAGCUCCCAUACUGAUAAAUAAAUCCCCCCAUAGGAGCAGUAGGAAGUUCUCUUCCUGGUUAUCCUUUCUCCUUUUUUAUGGUUUAAGAGCUGAAGCCUCCAGAAAUGGGGAUUAGUACAACCUGACACACAAGGCCCCCCCCCCCCCCCCGCUUUUUUUUAACUUAUUUUUGUGCAUUUAUUUGACUGUGCCGGGUUAUAGUUGAGGCACGUGAACUCUUAGUUGCAGCUUGCAGGAUCUAGUUAGUUCCCUGACCAGGAAUGGAACCCGGGACUCCUGGAUUGUUAGCGCAGAGUCUUAGCCACUGGACUGCCAGCGAUGUUCUACCCAAGCCUUGUCUUUGGGGUGGGCGGGUGCCAUAGUGGGCUGUGUCUUCUUAGACAGAUAGCCAGGAAAGGAAGGAAGCUGGUGCCACCGGGCCAGCGGGCAGCAGCUGUGAAGCCCUGCAAUGCAAGGGGCACCUGUGGUUCUCUGGGCAACUGCGCCACAGCAGAAUCAGGCCACUGUCUCCAGGGUGGUCACCUUCCCUCAUCUUGUUGUCAGGAUGAUCUCUGAGGGCCUAAGGGCAGGCGUUCCCUGACUGGAGGAGGGACCUGUGGAGGGUGAUCGGAGACUCUUCUACUUCCCACUGGGCACCCUGAAGAGGAGAAGAGACUCAGGCGAGAGAAAUGGACCUGACUACCCUCCUGUCUCGGUCAGUGGCUAGUGCAGUUGACUCAGAGCUACUUCCUCAUCUACCCUUGGAGCCUUCUGCAGAUCCCCCUGCACACUCAACCACCCAGGCAGGCUUGCAACCCCCAUGCCCUAGGCCCCAGACCCUUCUGGCCACGGCGCCUCUGCCGAAUCCCAUUCUCAGUGCCAUUUCUAGGGAAUCCAGAGGGGAGUCCAGGCUAAUAUGCUCCAUGAGACACAAUGGGGAAUGUAGGUAUCUGUCUUUCGAUGGGGACCAUCAACAGAUCCAAAUAAAAGACGCUUGCUCCUUGGAAGAAAAGCUGUGACCAGCCUACACAGCAUAUUAAAAAGCAGAGAUAUUACUUUGCCCACAAAGGUCUGCAUAGUCAAAGCUACGGUUUUUCCAAUAGUCAUG